AGUGGUAAUAUUUACAAAUUCCCGCGGCAUUUAACUGCCAUUACCAGGCAAAAUGGGUAGACCGAAAGCAGAAGAAAAAAGGAAAGAAGGAAAUUCAUUAAACUCCAAAAAUGGCACUAAUGGCGACCACAGCAAGGACCAAGCUCUGGAGGCUGCUGGCCAGAGCUUCGAGAUCUGGCACCAGUUACUGCAAUGACCGGAUCCUGUCGAUCCCAUUGUACCGCGUCUCCUCUUCUUCAUCUCCUUUCUCCACCGCAGUGACAGGGACAGCUCCGGCGGAGCACAGAGGAUUCGAGAUACUCGGAGUGAAGGAGUAUGAGGAUUACCGGAGGUCACUCUAUGGAGAGAUCACACACAAGGCUGUGCUUGUUGAUGCCGUCGGUACCCUUGUUGUUCCCUCUCAACCCAUGGCUCAGAUUUAUAGACAGAUAGGUGAGAAGUAUGGAGUGGAGUACUCAGAGGCGGAGAUAUUGAACAAAUACAGAAGGGCUUACGAGCAGCCUUGGGGCAAAUCUCGUCUCAGAUACGUAAAUGAUGGAAGACCUUUCUGGCAGUAUAUAGUUAGUUCUUCCACUGGUUGCUCAGAUUCUCAGUACUUUGAGGAACUCUAUAACUACUAUACCACCAACAAGGCAUGGCACCUCUGUGAUCCGGAGGCUGAAAAAGUUUUUAAGGCUCUUAGAAGAGCAGGAGUGAAAGUGGCUGUUGUUUCAAAUUUUGACACACGACUAAGACCUGUCUUACGUGCUCUAAAUUGUGAGCAUUGGUUUGAUGCCGUGGCUGUGUCUGCUGAAGUUGAAGCAGAGAAGCCAAAUCCAACAAUAUUUCUGAAAGCUUGUGAGUUGUUGGGUGUUAAACCUGAAGAUGUUGUACAUAUAGGGGAUGACCGUAGAAAUGAUAUAUGGGGAGCGAGAGAUGCAGGUUGUGAUGCUUGGCUGUGGGGAAGUGAUGUUUACUCUUUUAAAGAGGUUGCUGAAAGGAUUGGGGUGCGGGUUUAGAGUUUGGUUCAAUCCAGGGACAAGAAAGAGGUGUACAGGGUUCUCUUAGCUUGCUGUUAGUGAUUUUGUAGGGUGCCGCGGUUUGUGUGAGAAUGGUGAGGCUGUGGCUGUAGUAAGACUGAGCAUCAUGUCAAGAUAAUAUUGUAGUACUAAUACUCAAGCAACUAGCAUAGUCGUUUUCAUAAUAUUUUCUUGUCUCUGUUUUUGUCAUUUUAAUGCUAUUCUGUUGGGAGGGCCGAAAAUUUUCAUGCUG